AUGGAAGUAGCACAGCCAUAUGUGUGUCGAGAAUAUUCUCUGGCAGAGCUGGCCACGGCCACAGGAGGGUGGGCAGAGGGCAACAAGAUAGGAGAAGGCGGCUUUGGGGUAGUCUACAAGGGAGUGUGUCCUCAUGAUUUCAAUCAAGCUUGGGCAGUCAAACGAGCUCGUGUGCUCACAAACGAUUUCCAAAGAGAGGUAGGUCAGAAGAUUGGUGCAGGUGAGGAGAUUGGUGCAGGGGAGGAGAUUGGUGCAGGGGAGGAGAUUGGUGCAGGGGAGGAGAUUGGUGCAGGGGAGGAGAUUGGUGCAGGGGAGGAGAUUGGCGCAGGGGAGGAGAUUGGUGCAAGGGAGGAGAUUGGUGCAGGGGAGGAGAUUGGUGCAGGGGAGGAGAUUGGUGCAGGUGAGGAGAUUGAUGCAGGGGAGAAGAUUGAUGCAGGAGUGAAAUUUAGUGCAGGCUUUUGCGUGGUGAUGCUGGUGGUGGUCACGGGGCACAAGGCUGUGCUUGUACAAGGGAAGAUCCGCAUCAAUAUCAAGCGAUGGGUAUCCCCAUUGCUGGACUCAGGAGCAGUAGCAGCUUUCAAGGACCCUCACCUGGAAGCACCGGAUGAUUUGCUGCUGCGCUUGGCUCGCUUCGCCCUCUCCUGCACUACCAUGCCUGCGUCCUCCCGCCCCUCUAUGCUCCAAGUGCUGGGCGAGCUGGUGAGGCUGAAGCAGGAGAUGCUUGAGGUGCAGAUGAGCACGUCAUCUUCUUCCAUGGACGUGGGGAUUGGAGAUUCUUUUGGCUCAUCUAGCCUCACUGUUGAAACGGGCUCAGAGGAGCAAGGGCAUAUGCCGAGCGGCUCCUUCUCUUUUGAUCCUCCUCAAAAUUCAGUUGGCAUCUCUAGUCUCACUGCUGAAAUGGGCCCUGAGGAGCAAGGGGUUAUGUCAACCGCCUCCUUAGCUUCUGACCUGCCGCAACAGUCUGGUAGCUUCUCGAGCCUCAUUGUUGAGACUGGGCAUUGA